CUCCGGCAUGUCCUUCCUCGCUCCUCCUGGUUACCAGCCCGUCUACGCCCCCACAAUUCCAUAUAUUGGGCCCAUUUAUGGAGGUCUGCGGGAGGGAGCGUCCAUCUACAUCCAGGGCUCAGUUCCGGGCAAUAUCACCAGGUUCUUUGUCAACCUGCUCUGCGGACCGUCCGAGUCCAGCGACAUCGCCCUCCACUUCAACCCGCGUUUCGACGGCUGGGACAAGGUGGUCUUCAACAGCCGGCAGAACAACGCCUGGGAUGCAGAGGAGAAGAUCCGCGACAUGCCCUUCAGCAAGGGCAAGGCCUUCGAGAUGGUUGUCGCGUGCUCGGCGCACGGCUACCAGUUCAAAAUUAACGGGAAAGACUUCCACACCUUUAAGCAUCGCCUCCCUUUGUCGAGAGUGAGCGGCAUGCAGAUUGGGGGGGACGUUUCCAUCCAGACGAUUAACGUCAUUGGGCAGCACCAGGGAGGAUACCCAGGCGGUGGCAUGGGGCAGCAGCAGCAUGGAGGUUACCCAGGUGGCAGCAUGGGAGCAAGGCCAGGAUGUGGAGUAGCAUACCCAGGAGAUUGUGCAGGGCAGGGUGGCUAUCCAGGUGGAAUGGGGGGCAAUGUGGGGGGUGGAUUCCCGGGAUCAAACCUGCCGAGUAUGAGCGGACAGCCAAUCUACAACCCUCCGAUCCCGUACUCAGCCAUGAUCCCGGGAGGAAUGUUCCCUAAGAGGACGAUCAUCAUCAGAGGAAAUGUGCCCGAGCGUGCAAACAGGUUCAGCAUCAAUUUCCUGGCCAGCAGAUGUGGUGACAUCGCCCUCCACAUCAACCCCCGCGUGAGCGACAGCGUGGUGGUGCGCAACAGCAUGAUCGGGGGCCGCUGGGGCCAAGAGGAACGCCAGCUUGCCGCCAACCCCUUCAAGGCGGGCCAGUACUUCGACCUGUCGAUCCGCUGCGCCGGCGACCGCUUCAAGGUCUUCAUCGACGGGCAGCCACUGUUCGAUUACAAUCACCGCGUGCGUGCCCUCGGCGACAUCGACAAGUUGGAUGUGGCGGGCGACGUGCGGAUCUCCUACGUCCACUUCUGAAAGAGCCAAGGCGCGGGUGCGAUAUCACCACGCCAACCAACAUCGCAACAAAAUAUUCCUUUAUUUUUCUUUGUACAAAAUACUGGAGAUAUUAUAGCAAACCAUGACGAAUAAAGGUCAUUGUUUUCAGUUGACGUGUGGGUGGGAGGCAUCACACUGGCUCAAAGGCACUUAGGCAAUCCUGCUUUUGACGUCAACAUCGACAUUCCAAAACUCGUAACCAUAACAAUGCAGAGUACCGCUUUGAAGAAAAAAAAAAAUACAUUCCACCUCAGGAGCGCCCAUUAGUACCUUUUCAUGUACUGUACCUAGUUGUGCAAAGCUAAUUUUCAAUAUGCUUGCUGUCCAGCUUCACAUCUGUGUACUAGUACACUUUUGUCCUCACUAGUAAGACAAUUCAGCGCAUUAGUAAAAUGACCUCUCACGAGCGCCUUCCUCUACUUUACAUUUCAGCACACCAGGACAAAUUUGGCACACUAACGGCACAUCUACUGAGGCAAAAGUUGCCGCAAGUUCACAUCUGCAAGCUAGUUCUAUUAAUGAAGCCCCGGUUGCUAUCAAUAUUCGUAGCGUGCACUUAUCAACUGAAGCAGUUUUUGCCUCACUGGUUAAGGUACUGUAGUUGUCCUACCUGUGAGGACAAGAUCUUGAAAAAAAAAAAAAACAUGCUCAUACUGCUUCCCAUCCACGCACU